AUGCCCACCCUCAAGCCCCUCCCUGAUUGCGAGGGUCCGAAGCUCGAGUGCUUCACCGAUGACCUCCUCGACCAUGACUUCAAGUUUCUGGACAUUGCCGGCGCUGGGUGCCACGGCGUCACUGUCAAAGCCGAGAUUGACGGCAAUCUCCGCGCCAUCAAGAUUUUCUACACCGAAGGAACCGCCGAGCCUUGUGCGCAUCUGUGUCCCCUCCAAGAAGACCCAUACGAAGACGGAGAGGCCCUUAACCCUAAAGAGAGAUACGGCUGGUCUGACUCGUUGAUCGAGACCUUGGUUCUUUACACGUCGUCCUUCAACAGUGAGUGUCGCGUGUUUGGUAGGUUGAAGGAAGUGGGCCGUGAGGAUCUUGCCGUUCGAGUCCAUGGCUAUAUGCUGGUGUAUUUGAAUGAGCAGGUGGAAGAACAGUUCAAGAUCGCACUCGACAACAGUCCUACUAUCCCAUCAACAUCUGGAGCCGAAUUGUUCGAGCACCUGGACCCCAAAGAACCGCUCAUGGCCAUUGUCAAGGACUGGGUCCCGGGAGGACACCCGGCCCAUGAUGAAAAAGACGAGAAGGAUGGGAAGUGGCUACGGCCUACCAAGUUUCCUAAAAUGCUGCGCGACCUCAAGGAACUGCACAAGUGUGGCAUCGUUGUUCGCGACCUCAAGUACCAGCAGUACAUCAACGGUACGCUCGUCGACUUCAGCCACGCCUGGACAAUCCCACACAUCUGGGGUCCUGAACAAGGGCUUCAACCAAGCUGGGCAUUCGCGAGCAUGGCGGCCUGGGACUUGUUCUGCUUCCAGCGCGAGGUGAUUGGAGAGUGGAACUGGUGGGCUGACUUUCCCAGGUCUCGACGAAAACAUUGCCGACUCGUCGCUUACAGGGACAUCAAUGGGCGGAGCAUCCAAGAGUUUGGACAGACGAUCAGCAGACAGGGGCCUUUCCUCCCUCUGUUGAACUACGAAGGUGCACUCGUCUACAUGACCCAAGAUCCACCAUACGACCCAUCUCUUUUCGACUGGAGAAAUGUCGGAAAACAAGGCGGCAAGAACACAAAGGGGGCCGUGACGAGAAAGAGAAAGGCGACAGCACAGCAACCCCGAAAAGCAAAGAAGAUCAAGACAGUCAACGAACCGGAGAAGGAGAGGAGCCCUAAGCUGACAUCAAAGGCUUAG